AUGUCUAUCCUAUCCUCUCAACACCAAGGAUCACUCUUUAUCGUAGUACUUCAUGUCAGUCAUACAAGUGCACCAACACCGGCCAACAAUGAACCACUUUCCACCAUUUCAGCACAUCUAAAUAAUAAUGUUUUGACUGGUAGUACCAAUUUGAACCAACUGUGUGUCAUUUCACAUCCAAUUCGUAUAGUUUCCAAAGUAGACCAUGUUAAAAAGGAGGGUAUCCCCAUUUUGAAAAAGAAGACCUUUCACGAGAUCCUAACAGACAAGUUGAAAAGAUUACAAAAAUGUCAAGAUGGUCAAAGUAAAUGGAUCAAAAAUCUAUUUGAUCAACAUCAUUGUCAAUUUGAUUAUCGUCCAUUUAUCGAUCCAGAAUGUAAUAAUAAUAGUAGUAAUAAUAAUAAUAGUAAUAAUUCAAAUCAUUCAACUCCACAACAACAUUUUAUAAAUCAUUUAAAUUCAGAAGAUGAUGAAGAUCAAAUUGAAAAAGAUAAUGAAAAUGAUGAUGAUCAAGAUGAUGAUGACAAUUGUAAUAAUAAUAAUAAUAUUGAUGAAGCAAAUAUAAAUCAAAUUAAACAACAACAAAAAGUAGUAAAUCCAACAACAAUAUUAAAUGGAGAAAUAUAUUUUCAAAAUAGUUUUAAUAGAGUUGUUGAAUCUUAUAAAUGUAUAGUAUCGAUUGAUGAUAGAAAAGAGGAAAUUAAGAAAAUGGUUAAAAUCCUACACAGUGAGGAUUUGGAACAAUUGGUAAAUGUCUUUAUUGAAGAAUUACAUGAUAAAGAAAUUCCCCAUGUUCAACAACAACAUCAACAACAAUCAACAACAAGUAGUCAUUAUCAUCAACUUUAUCCUCCCAUCCACCCUAAUCAUCAUCCACAUCAUAUGCAUCAACAACACCAACAAUAUAACCAACAAGAAAUAUCACAAAACUUUUUAAUUAAUAGUAAUCCAUUAGCAUCACCAAAUUUAAAUCAUCAUAUGAUUAUGAUUGAUCCAAGACAUAAUGAUUCAUCAUCAUCAUUAUUUUAUUCACAAUUUAAUUAA